GUUUGCAAAUUACUCAUAGCAUUCAACAGAUUUCAGAAAUGGAGAUUGGGUUAGCAGUUGGUGGUGCAUUUCUCUCUUCAGCUUUGAAUGUUCUCUUUGAUAGGCUUGCUCCUCACGGUGAUCUUCUCAACAUGUUUCAGAAGCAUACAGAUGAUGUUCAGCUCUUUGAGAAGCUGGGGGACAUUCUGCUUGGUCUUCAAAUUGUGCUAAGUGAUGCAGAGAAUAAGAAAGCAUCAAAUCAAUUUGUGAGCAAGUGGUUAAAUAAGCUUCAGAGUGCUGUGGACGCUGCUGAAAACUUGAUAGAACAAGUCAAUUAUGAAGCUUUGAGAGUUAAAGUGGAAGGUCAGCUUCAAAAUCUUGCAGAAACAAGCAACCAGCAAGUAAGUGACCUUAACCUGUCCUUGAGUGAUGAUUUCUUUCUUAACAUAAAUAAGAAUUUGGAAGACACUAUUAAAAAAUUGGAGGGGUUGGAAAAGCAAAUUGGUCGCCUUGGCUUAAAGGAGCAUUUUGUUUCGACUAAACAAGAAACUAGAACACCUUCAACUUCUUUGGUUGAUGAUGCUGGUAUCUUUGGAAGGCAGAAUGAAAUAGAGAAUUUGAUUGGCCGUUUAUUGUCUAAGGAUACAAAAGGAAAAAAUCUGGCUGUAGUUCCUAUUGUUGGAAUGGGCGGCCUGGGUAAGACGACACUUGCUAAAGAGGUUUACAAUGAUGAGAGAGUGCAGAAACAUUUUGGUCUGAAAGCUUGGUUUUGUGUUUCUGAGGCAUAUGAUGCUUUCAGAAUAACAAAAGGUUUACUUCAAGAAAUUGGCUCAACUGACUUGAAGGUUGAUGACAAUCUUAAUCAGCUACAAGUCAAAUUGAAGGAAAGCUUAAAGGGAGAGAAGUUUCUUAUUGUUCUGGAUGAUGUGUGGAAUGACAACUACAAUAAAUGGGAUGAAUUGAGAAAUAUUUUUGUACAAGGAGAUAUAGGAAGUAAGAUCAUUGUGACGACACGUAAAGAGAGUGUUGCCUUGAUGAUGGGAAAUGAGCAGAUUAGCAUGGACAAUUUGUCUAUUGAAGCCUCUUGGUCUUUAUUUAAAAGACAUGCAUUUGAAAACAUGGAUCCUAUGGGACAUCCGGAACUUGAAGAGGUCGGUAAACAAAUUGCAGAUAAGUGCAAAGGACUGCCCUUAGCCCUGAAGACGCUCGCUGGCAUGUUACGCUCCAAAUCAGAGGUUGAAGAGUGGAAACGUAUUCUGAGAAGUGAAAUAUGGGAGCUGCGAGACAAGGACAUAUUACCAGCGUUGAUGUUGAGCUACAAUGAUCUUCCCGCACAUUUAAAACGAUGCUUUUCCUUUUGUGCAAUAUUUCCUAAAGAUUAUCCAUUUAGGAAAGAACAAGUUAUUCAUCUAUGGAUUGCCAAUGGUCUCGUACCAAAGGAAGAUGAAAUAAUUCAAGAUUUAGGCAACCAAUACUUUCUCGAGUUGAGAUCAAGAUCAUUAUUAGAAAGGGUCCCAAAUCCUUCUGAAGGGAACAUAGAGAAAUUCUUAAUGCAUGACCUUGUCAAUGAUUUGGCCCAAAUUGUAUCUUCAAAUCUUUGUAUAAGGUUGGAAGAGAACAAAGGAUCGCAUAUGUUGGAACAAUGUCGGCACUUAUCUUAUUCAAUGGGAGAAGAUGGUGACUUUGAGAAAUUAACACCCCUCUACAAAUUGGAGAAGCUGAGGACAUUGCUUCCGACAUGUAUUGAUGUCAAAUAUGACUCUCUAAGCAAGAGGGUGCAGCAUAACAUACUGCCAAGACUAAGAUCCUUAAGGGCAUUAUCAUUGUCAGGUUAUGAGAUUAAGCAGUUGCCAAAUAACUUAUUUAUCAAAUUAAAGCUCCUCAGAUUUUUGGACCUUUCUUGGACAAAGAUUAAAAGGUUGCCAGAUUCCAUUUGUGUGUUGUAUAACUUGGAGACACUUCUCCUGUCAGAUUGUCAUUUUCUUGAGGAGCUACCGCUGCAGAUGGAGAAGUUGAUUAACUUGCAUCAUCUUGACAUAAGCAACAUUAAUUGCUUGAAGAUGCCACUACAUCUGAGCAAGUUGAAAAGCCUCCGAGUGCUAGUGGGAGCCAAGUUUCUUCUAAGUGGCGGCGGCGGUUGGAGAAUGGAAGAUUUGUGUGAAGUACAGAACUUGUAUGGAUCUGUAUCAGUUCUAGAGUUGCAAAAUGUUGUUGAUAGAAUGGAUGCUGUGAAGGCAAAGAUGAAGGAGAAGAAUCAUGUUGACAAGUUAUCUUUGGAGUGGAGUGAAAGUAGUAGUGCCGACAAUUCACAAACUGAAAGAGACAUACUUGAUGAGCUAUGCCCGCAUAAAAACAUAAAAGAAGUCGAAAUCACUGGCUAUAGAGGGACAACAUUUCCAAAUUGGUUUGCUGAUCCUUUGUUUCUAAAGCUAGUACAGUUGUCUAUUGAUAACUGCAAGAACUCUUAUUCCUUGCCCGCACUAGGACAACUCCCUUGUUUAAAAUUCCUUUCGAUUAGAGGGAUGCAUGGAAUAACAGAGGUGACGGAAGAAUUCUAUGGUAGUUUUUCCUUCAAAAAGCCUUUUAACUCUCUUGUGGAGCUUAGAUUUAAAGAUAUGCCGGAGUGGAAGCAAUGGCACGUACUAGGAAUUGGAGAGUUCCCUAUACUUGAGAACCUUUUAAUUAUAAAUUGCCCUGAAAUCAGUUUGGAGACCCCCAUCCAACUUUCAAGUUUAAAAAGGUUUGAAGUUAGUGGUUCUCCAAAGGUUGGAGUUGUUUUUGAUGAUGCUCAACUGUUUAGAUCCCAACUUGAGGGAAUGAAGCAGAUUGUUGAAUUAUAUAUUAGUGAUUGUAACUCUGUUACCUCCUUUCCUUUUAGCAUACUGCCCACUACCUUGAAGAGAAUAGAGAUAUCUCGUUGUCGGAAAUUGAAAUUGGAUGCGCCAGUUGGUGAGAUGAGUAUGUUUCUGGAGUAUUUGAGAUUGCAAAAAUGUGAUAUAUCACCUGAGUUACUCCCAAGAGCACGUGAAUUGUGGGUACAGGAUUGCCACAACCUUACUACGUUUUUGAUUCCUACUGCGACUGAAAGACUCAUUAUUUUGAGAUUUGAGAAUGUUGAAAAACUUUCAGUGGCAUAUGAGGGGACCCAGAUGACGUCACUGAGAAUUUGGCACUGUAAGAAGCUGAAGUGGCUGCCAGAACGUAUGCAGGAACUCCUUCCAUCUCUUAAUACACUUCAUCUUUCUAAUUGUCCAGAAAUAGAGUCUUUUCCUGAAGGAGGAUUGCCUUUCAAUUUACAAACCCUUUGGGUCAGUGAUUGCAAGAAACUGGUGAAUGAUCGAAAGGAGUGGCGUUUACAGAGACUCCCCUGUCUCACAGAGUUAUUCAUUUUUCAUGAUGGCAGUGACGAAGAGAUUGUUGGUGGUGAGAAUUGGGAGUUGCCUUCCUCUAUUCAAAGACUUGAGGUAUACAAUCUGAAAACAUUGAGUAGCAAACAUCUCAAAAGCCUCACCUCUCUUCAAUAUCUAUGUAUUAUGGGUAAUUUACCUCAAAUUCAGUCAAUGCUGGAACAAGGCCAGUUUUCGCACCUCACUUCGCUUCAAAGUUUACACAUAGGGAAUUUCCCUAAUCUCCAAUCACUACCUGAAGCAGCACUGCCCUCCUCCCUCUCUCAGCUGGAGAUCUCCCAUUGCCCUAAUCUCCAAUCUCUUCCAAUAAAAGGGAUGCCAUCUUCCCUCUCUAAACUAUCUAUUUCAGAAUGUCCAUUGCUCACACCACUACUUGAAUUUGACAAGGGGGAAUACUGGCCAGAAAUUGCUCAUAUCCCCACCAUACAGAUCAAUGAGGAAUGCCUUUAA